AUGAACAGCACAUGUAUUGAAGAACAGCAUGACUUGGAUCACUAUUUGUUUCCAGUUGUUUACAUCUUUGUGACAAUAGUCAGCAUUCCAGCCAACAUCGGUUCUCUAUGUGUGUCUUUUCUGCAAGCAAAGAAGGAAAAUGAAUUAGGCAUUUACCUCUUCAGUUUAUCCUUAUCGGAUCUGCUGUAUGCCUUAACUCUCCCUCUAUGGAUUGAUUAUACUUGGAAUAAAGACAACUGGACAUUCUCUCCUGCCCUGUGCAAAGGGAGUGCCUUCUUCAUGUACAUGAACUUUUACAGUAGCACAGCUUUCCUCACCUGCAUCGCGAUUGAUCGGUAUUUAGCAGUUGUCUACCCUUUGAAGUUUUCUUUUCUUAGGUCAAGAAGAUGUGCAUUCAUGGUGAGCCUUUUCAUCUGGAUAUUGGAAACCAUCUUCAAUGCUGUCAUUCUGUGGGAAGAUGAAACAGCUGUUGAAUAUUGUGAUGCCACAAAGUCUAACUUUACUUUAUGCUAUGACAAAUAUCCUUUGGAGAAAUGGCAAAUCCGGUUUAACUUUGCUAGGACGUGUGUAGGCUAUAUGAUACCUUUGGUCAUCAUAAUGGCUUGCAACCAGAAAGUCUACAAAGCUGUGCAGCAAAAUCAAGCUACAGAAAACAGUGAAAAGAAGAGAAUCAUAAAACUACUUGUGAGCAUCACGUUGACUUUUAUCUUGUGUUUUACCCCCUUUCAUGUGAUGUUGCUGAUUCGCAGCGUUUUAGAGCAUGAUGUGAGCUUAGAUGAACGUAUGUUUGACCAUAACAAGCCUGGGAAGCAGAGUUAUAAAAUCUAUAGAAUCACAGUUGCAUUAACAAGUUUAAAUUGUGUUGCUGAUCCAAUUCUGUACUGUUUCGUAACUGAAACAGGAAGAUCGGAUAUGUGGAAUGUAUUCAGAGUCUUUACUAAGAAGCUUAAUAAAUCAAAAGGACAAGGAAAAAGCAUACUUUCUAUGUCUACAAAAGAUACUGUGGAAUUAGACAUCCUGGAAUAG